UCAACAAAACUGGCGCGGUGUCAUGACAGGCUGGUACACGGACAUAUAUACAUGUCUGUAUGUCCUCAGGUCCAUGUCUUGAUGUGGUGAGCAGCUUCGGUCGGUAGGAUGGAGCCCGGUGUGUCUGUGAGUCGGUUUGACGGGCAGUGGAAGCUGCUGGUCCGGUCUCUCCUGUGCGGAUCCUCCGGUGCUCUCACAGCUGUCCGGGUCUUCCGCAGACAGCAGCGAGCCAACCCCGAAAUGUCUCUGUCUGUCUUCAUAGAGACCCUCUGCCAGGACGAAAUAACCUGUCCCGAGACUGACGCCAAGCUCCUAACUGUUAAACCCCUGGUGUGCCUGUUCCCAGCGUUAUUCAAACAAAACCUGCUGUCCUUCAUCUAUCUGGUGCACUCUGUUCUUCCUCGGACCACCGUCCUCCGUCUUCUCAAGUGCCUCAGUCAGGACCCUCACCCGAGCCCCUGGGUCACCGCUCUGAUUAGACAGCUGUACAGAGCCCUGGGGGCCCACACUGAGGAGCCUCUGUACACUCCAGUGUGCAGCCAGAGACUCCAGGAGCUGUCGCAGCGUUUGGUUGGUUUUGGGGAGCCUGGAGGAUGGGCCAAGUGCUUCAGCGGUCACACGGUAGAAUCUGAAUCUCAGGGUGCAUCUGGUUUAUUGGAGCUGGGGACACAACGGAAAAGAAAGGGCAGCUUUGUCAGUCUGGACGCAGAUGGUGAGGAGACGGGUCAGCAGAGUAAACGGAUGAAGAUGGAUAUCUGUGGUGGCGAAUGUGUCGAUGCUGAAGAACAGAGCACAAAAGAAGAGACACCAGAAGGAUCAGGAAGUGAUGCUGCCGCAGAAACUCCUACCGGAGAGCUGCAGCCAGCGGCAGACAGUCCACGUGAUGCCCUGCCCGAACAGAUGAAGGUCUCUGUUCUUCAGAUAAAAGAAUUACUGGAAAGUCAGACAGAGUGGGACCAGAGCUCCACAGAGCUGUUCAAAGUGCUCAACCACUGUGACCCUGGUCAAGUGGAGUUGAUAUGCACCAUGCUGAGUUUGCCCGACUUACCGGAGCAAACUCUGCCUAAACUGUGCAGCAGUUUAUUGGCUCCAUCACUUGACUUCAGCUUCAGCACGGCAGCGACUCUGAUCAAGAGCCUCCUUCUGCACAAGGUCCUGUCCCUGUCAGAGCCGGCCUCCAGAUGUCUCGUCUCUGCAGUGGCGUCACUGUGUAGUCGCUAUCCCAGACCAAUGUGCCACGCCGUGAUCGGACCAGUUCUUGAAGAAAAGAACAUAGGGAACCUGCAGGCUGAGCUGCUGAACAGGCUGAUCGAAGGCUGCCUGGAUUCACAUUACAGACAGAUGGUGCUUCAAAUGACAUUCAAAACAGCGUGGAGUGAGGCAGUGCUCUCUGUAAUCCACAGCUUGCUCGACUCCAAGCCUGACCUGAAUGAAGAAUUGUUCACACAGUUCACAGAGCAGCUCGUCACCAAGGGUCCUCAAUUCACAAAGUCUGUGAAGUUUGCAAAAAUGAUGCUAACAGUCCUCACCAAAUACAGCAGUCAUGUGACGGCUGCACACAAACACUCCCUGCACGAUGGCCUGAUGGUAAAUGAGACCUUCCUCAAAAAGUCUCUCCAAGCUGCUUUGAAAAGAAUCACGCACACAUGAAGUUACAUCUGAUCUAACGUCACCGUGUUCAUGAAGCUGUUUAAUAUAUUCUUGGUUAAGGCAUCUGUAACGAGUCAUGCUGUGUGGUUCAAGUUCUUUAUUGUCCUCAAUAACAAUAACAAAGAAGUUGUUGGCAAUAAAAAUCUUAUAUCUCAGACUUCCUUCUUUC